CGAAGGAAACUGCCAGGACUUAAGAUGGCGGCAAUAGAGAUCCGGCUGCCGGUGGCCCGCAAGCUGGUGGUCCAGAGUCUGGCGCAGGGGAGCGACAAGCACUUGGUGGCUCCCGGGGACACGAUCACCACAGACACGGGCUACAUGAGGGGCCAUGGCACGUAUAUGGGAGAUGAGAAACUUGUCGCAUCGGUAGCAGGCGCUGUGGAGAGAGUGAACAAACUGAUCUGUGUCAAAGCUCUGAAAACCAGGUAUAACGGGGAAGUUGGUGACAUUGUGGUUGGGAGAGUCACAGAGGUUCAGCAGAAACGAUGGAAGGUGGAGACCAAUGCCAGGCUGGAUUCAGUCUUGCUUCUCUCAUCCAUGAACCUACCAGGAGGGGAGCUGAGGAGGAGAUCAGCAGAGGAUGAGCUUGCAAUGAGGGACUAUCUACAGGAAGGGGAUCUUAUCAGCGCAGAAGUCCAGGCAGUAUUUUCUGAUGGGGCUGUAUCACUGCACACGCGGAGUCUGAAAUAUGGGAAGCUUGGCCAGGGUGUGCUCGUUCAGGUCUCUCCCUCCCUCGUGAAACGCCAGAAGACUCACUUCCAUGAUCUGCCCUGUGGCGCCUCCGUGAUCCUUGGCAACAACGGCUUCAUCUGGAUCUACCCAACGCCCGAGCAGAAGGAUGAAGAGGCAGGGGGCUUUGUCACCAAUCUGGAGCCAGUCUCCUUACAUGACCGGGAGGUAAUCUCACGACUCCGGAACUGCAUCCUGGCUCUGGUUGCUCAGAAGCUGAUGCUCUACGACACCAGCAUUGUGUACUGCUACGAGGCCUCCCUUCCCCAUCAGAUCAAGGACUUUCUCAAACCAGAGGUGAUGCAGGAGAUUGUGCUGGAGACCCGGCAGAGGUUGUUGGAACUGGAGGGUUGAGGGAAGGAGACAUGGCAGCUUGGAGUCCCACCAAAGCAGCAUUGACUCCCCAACUUCCUGCAUCGCCCCAACCCCCUAAAUGUCUUUCCAGAGCUCAGAAAAUACCUGACUCUCCCUGUCUCACUUCCGGGAUUCCUUCUGGUUUGUAGGGCAGUGUAAACCCCUCGACCUGCAGACUGGACGUAUGGUCUUUGUGAAGAGCAACUGCCACUGGGACGUAGCUCGCUAGACUAGUUGCCAUGGUGGGCAAUGUGCUUCUAAAGUGCCCUUAACGUGGUCCAUGUUGUUAGAGGACAGAGGAAACAACAUAUUUUUGUUUUGCCUUAUGGUUUCUCCUCCCUCACCCCCCACAAGAUCGGGUUAGCAGUCCUAGCAGUGGUUGACCUUGACAGUGAGAGGAGCUCUGCCAAUGUGUCCUUUAUUCAAGAUGCACAUUUUACCCCUCAAGACCCACAUUGCGGCUACCCAUCUCCAAAGGCCAGGACUCGUUGCCAAGCCUGUGAAUGGUUAUGUCAGCGUGCUGUGCGGAUCUCUCUGCCCCCUUCCAAACACACACUGGAUUUGGAUGUUCAGUUCUUGCAUUUUCUGUGCUUACACUAUAGCUCAUAGAAUGGUACAAAAACCCGCUGGUGCUGGGUGGCCAUCUCACUGCAUAUUGAGUGCCCAUAGGUAGUAGUCAGGCAAGGUGCCUUGAUCCUCCAGAGCAAAAGGCGUCUUCCCAUCCCAUGCGCGGAAGUGAUGAUCCCAAGCGUUUUAUUUCGUAGGUCUGAUACUGUGAGCUCCUCUGGUCUUGAAGGAUUUUGCUGUUGUUUCCUACUAGAGGUUUUUUUUUUUUUUUUUUUUUUUAAAU